AUGCGAUGCGCGAGCAAGGCCGCCGAGAGCGCGUCCGUACGUCUCUGUGCGGACGCCGAAGCAGAAACCACAGAAAGUGAUGUCUCAUCGGUUGCUGAAGCGACUCAGCCUGUGUCACUUGGUGAUGCAGGCGCUAGUCAUGAAGACACUCAUGUCUUCACAGAGUAUGAGCUCGGUGUCUCAUACUCUCCUGAUACGGAAGACGGAUCCGUAUCGACGGCGAUUGAAUCCAAGCCGCCUGCCAAGCGUGGCAUGGAUGAUGCUAUGCGUCGCAGCAUCUUUGGUUCAUCUGAUUCAUCAGAUGAACCAUCGCCGAAGCGAAGGCGCUCGAGGUCGCGAGACUCGGGCGCUAACAGUGGUGUCGAUUCUCCUAUUGACACCACUUCACAGCGAGGUGCCAGUACUUCUGUCGGCACAUCGCAGGAAGAGCGGGACCGCAAUGUGUUGCGUCUCGCUCCUGAGAAGAAGGCAUGA